AUGGCUUCCUUGACUGGUUCUCUUGGUGUCCUCUUCGCCUUCCUGUGCUGCGCUUCUGCUCUCUCGGUGCCAUCUUUUUGCAACGCGUGCCAGAUCGAUGUCCGAAAUCGUUACUGUAUGUACUGCUGUGCUAUGUACUCGUGCUGUGGGACAGGCACUCCAAAAGAGGAAUGUGACAUAAUUCAAUGUGGAUGUAAUCCUGCUGGAACUGAGGAUCCAACGGAGUCACCCACCACAACCCCAGAACCGACUACAACCCCGAAACCGCGAGAUUGUGCCAUGCCGCUCGUAUCGUCGCGUAUUCUCGGAGGAAGUGACGUUGACGUGUGUGACAGACCGUGGAUGGUGCAUUUUACAGCCGACAUGUCAGGUUCUAUUCCAACUAUGCCAGGCGAGCCAGCCCCCGAAGGCCUUGACAAAAUCCCAUCGUGCUCGGGGGUUCUUGUUGAUGCCACUACAAUACUGACGACAAAAACUUGCUACGAUCAAUUCAUUACUAUUAUAGACAUCCCGAAGGUAGAGGUGUAUGCUCAGUUUGCUGAUUCUGUCAGAGAUCUGGCAACAAGGCGAGGAGUUAGAAAGGAAGACAUUGAAGUGAAAGGUGACAUUGUUUUCAUCAACAUAACGAGAGUUCCCGUGGACAAAGACUUUUGCAUAUACCCGGUGUGUCUGCCCGAUAACACCACUGUCUUCAGCGAAGAAGAAACCCGAAAUUGCAGGGUGGCGUCGUGGGGAUUUCAAGAAUCUAAUUCAACAUCUUCGCCUGAAAAACUGCACGAGGCAGAAAUUUCGUUGAUGUCUUCCAACUGCUGCAGCGGACUGAUACCAAUACUGGAUCAGCUGGACAUAACCAUCCCCGCUCCAGAAAAUAUGGGAUUCAUAUGCUCCAAUCCAAAAACUGCCACGACGUCAACUUGUGAGUUCGACCAGGGCGGGAUGCUGAUGUGUCAGGACCAGAUGAACAACUGGCUGCUGGCUGGGAUUGCGUACGGGACUCCCUGCGACCCCAAGAAACCGAGCACGUUUGUGGACAUCACCAAGAACUUGGAGAUCAUCAACUCCAAGAUUACACCACAGAGGCGGAUGCGAGAUGUUCCUAGAGAUGUAGCAGAGUUUAAAAAGGGAACCUUCAGUAUUCAGAGCUGGAAUGCUAUGUGUAUAAAAGUAUUCAAAAGCAGAUGUGAGACCAAUGUCUGGGAUCCAUACUGCCAAUAUUGCUGUGCGGUUUACAAAUGUUGUGGAACAGAUGUCCCAAUGCAAGAAUGUUCUAGCUUCAAGUGUGGGUGUACACAACAACAACCACCACCACCAAGUCCGACUCCAAAACCGACAAUGACAACAACUCCAAAAUCACGAGAGUGCAAACUGCCUAAAACAACGACACGCAUUCUGGGCGGACAUAGCGUCGAUGUAUGCGACAGACCGUGGAUGGUGCACUUCGUAGACAGAAAUGUUCCAUUUCCAUUGUGUUCUGGUGUCCUGAUUAGUGAAAAACACAUUCUUACCUCAAACAAAUGUGCUGUAUAUUUAACAGUCCCAGCGACAAGUUCAGAUGUUGUCGCUCGAUUUGCCGAUUCUGAAAACUUCAAACAACUAGACAGACAAGUAGUUCGUAAUAAUGUUAUCGUGAAAGGCGACAUUGCAGUUGUGACUUUAAAUACUAGAGUACCACUGGACAAAGACGAUUUCUGUAUACAGUCGGUGUGUCUGCCUGAUGAAACGGCGGUCUUCGCUGACAAUUCCAAACAGAAAUGCAAGAUGGCGUCGUGGGGAAUGACAACUUCGGACCCUCAAUCAUAUUUGACGCCUAAAGCCCUCCAAGAGGCCGAAGUAACCUUGAUGCCUUCUGACGUGUGCAGACAUUUGAUUCCCAUACUCAACCAUUACAUCACUCCACAGAUUGACGUUCCUUCAGACGGUGUAAUUUGUACUGAUCCAAAAGAUGCUUUAAUUUCAACUUGUGAGAUGGACCAAGGUGGCAUGCUACUAUGCCAGGACCAGGCUGAUGCGAGUGGAAGUAACUGGGUAUUGGCAGGAGUCACCUUUGGAACACCUUGUGAUCCAAAUGCCCCUAGUACCUUUAUCGACGUCAGGAAGAACCUUGAUGCCAUCAAAACUUUUCUCCCAUAA